CAGGCGGGCGGCCGGAAGUGGCGUUACCGGCGCGUUUCCGGGAAGCGAGGCCAGUGCGGGCGGACACAGCCGAGGGACAGACGGGAGCGAGCGAUGGAAGCGGCGCCGGGGCCCGGGGAAGCAGGAGGCUCCAGCUGCCGGCUGGAGUUCGCCGUGCAGAUGAACUGCCAGGAAUGCAUGGAUGCUGUGCAGGCAUCUCUGCAAGGAGCAAGAGGGCUCCGGGUGCUGGACAUUCGGCUAGACUCUCAGAGUGUGCUGGUGGAGACCAGCAUGAGUGCUGGGAAGGUGAAGGGCCUGCUGGAGAGCACAGGCCGCCGGGCUGUGUUGAAGGGCAUGGGGAGCACUGGGCCACAGAACCUCGGUGCAGCUGUGGCCAUGAUGUCAGGCCCCAGCCUGGUCCAAGGGGUGGUGAGAUUCCUGCAGGUUUCACCAGAGAAGUGUCUCAUUGAAGGGACUAUUGAUGGCCUGGAGCCAGGGUUGCAUGGGCUGCACGUCCAUGAAUUUGGGGACGUCACAAACUCCUGCGACAGCUGUGGAGACCAUUUCAACCCAGAUGGGGAGCGUCACGGGGGCCCGCAGGAUGCGCACAGGCAUCUCGGAGACCUGGGAAACGUGCUGGCUGGCAGUGAUGGAAGAGCAGACUUCCGGAUGGAGGACAGCCAGCUAAAGGUCUGGGACAUCAUCGGCCGCUCUCUGGUGGUGGAUUCUGGUGAGGACGACCUUGGCCAUGGGGGUCACCCGCUCUCUAAAGUCUGUGGGAACUCGGGUGAGAGGCUGGCCUGUGGGAUCAUUGCCCGAUCUGCUGGGCUGUUCGAGAACCCCAAACAAAUCUGCACCUGUGAUGGCGUGACGCUAUGGGAGGAGCGGGAGAAGCCAGUGGCAGGCCCAGGCAGGAGGGUACUUGGCCAGCCUGCCCCUCACCUGUAGGAUUACUGCCUUCCUUUCUCCACAUUGUGCCUACUGGUUGUUGCUCUAUGCCGGGGCUCAGUGUGGUUCUAGCAUCAAAGGGGUGGCGCGCUUUGGGCCUGCGGUAUGGGAGCUCUGAUGUGACCUUUAGGUGGGGACUGGACUUCUCCACAGCAUCCCCCUCUCAUACCACAGUCUCGUUCUUCUAUCAUCAACCUCUGAGCAACUUUGUGUCCUGACCCUUCCCCAGCUGGGUACUGCUAAACUUGCUGCAGAUGGUCUCAUUUUAUAGGGGAGCUGUAAAUAGGCCCUGAAGUUUUUUGCUGCUUUGGGAUUUGUAAAGGUGAUGGAAAAAAGCAUCUUAAUUUUUUCCCCCUUGCUUAUUUGUUCCUUUUUAAACAGCAGGGAUAUCAAGGGUGGUUUUGCUGGGGGAACUAGAAAGGGGGAGGCAGGGAGCAUGGGAAUUCUCUUGUGAUUAUUUUUGCACUAAGUAGAUGGGUUGGGGGUUGAAUCUUCAAUAAUAAAAUAUUAAUAAUCAUUAGUUUAUAUCUAGCACUCUGAACCAGUAUACCACCAAGCACUUUACUAAGGAGUUUAGGAUCAUCUGCAUUUUACAUAUGAGGAAACUGAGGCACGGGGGGAAGUGAUUUGCCCAAGGUCACCUAGCCAGGCCAGUGGCAGAGCUGGGUUUAGAUCUGAGGUUUCCCCAACCAGUGCUCUUUCUACUAAGCCAUGUAAACAGACAGGACGUUGUCCAUAGAGAUCAUUAGUGACUGGAGUUACAUAAGUAUCUACAGGAAACCUGCAAAGGUUUCUUUGAGCUCAGGAUCAAAGUCCCUUGCUGCUCUGCUUGCCCCAUGCUGUUUUGGGAAAUCUGGCAGUAACCAAGGUCCAUUUCCUCCUAAGUGCCCUGGAUUGCAUGCACUGCACAAGAAGAGAAGGUACUGAGCUACCUAGACCUGACAAAUGUUUCUAGAUGGCUCCAGCCUAAACAUAGGCAGCCACAGAGGAGGGCCUGGGUUAGGUUGCAGCCUGUUUUCCAUUUAAAAUCAAUUGUGGAGGCUGAGAUGACUUUAAGUAUCUUUCAUGUGCACUGAAUCUGCCAUUAAAUAUUAUUUUCCUA